UAAUGUCAGCUAACGCAUACACAUCGCCAAUUUGGGCAUUUUCUCGCACGUAAAUUGCAAAAAGUGCAUGCAUUUUCCGCGAUUUCCCGCGCGCAAAGACCUCCGGCAGCCAUAAAAUUAAUGUUCCCAGUUCAGAGAGACCAUUAGGCAUGGACGAAGAUUAUUCGGCGUCAUCUUCGGCCGGCGGCGGCGGUGGCAAGAAAACCGGCGUGGGCAAGCAGCACAACACGCUGCCGUUUUGGGGCAACGAGACCUCGAUGAACCUGAACCCCCUGAUCUUGGCCAACAUCCAGAGCUCCAGUUACUUUAAAGUUCACUUGUUCAAGCUGAAAACCUAUCACGAGGUAGUCGAUGAGAUCUACUAUCAGGUGAAGCACAUGGAGCCCUGGGAACGAGGAUCCCGCAAAACGUCCGGACAGACGGGCAUGUGCGGCGGUGUGCGCGGCGUUGGCGCCGGCGGAAUCGUGUCCACGGCGUACUGCCUGCUUUACAAGCUCUACACGCUGCGACUGACCCGAAAGCAGAUCAACGGACUGCUCAACCACACAGACUCGGCCUACAUCCGGGCACUAGGCUUCAUGUACCUGCGAUACACGCAGCCACCAAGUGACCUGUACGACUGGUACGAGGACUAUCUGCAGGACGAGGAGGAGAUCGACGUUAAGGCGGGCGGCGGCCAGGUACUGACCAUCGGGCAGAUGGUUUACCAGUUCAUGACCAAGCUGGACUGGUUCUCCACGCUCUUUCCUCGCAUUCCGGUGCCCAUUCAGAAGCAGAUCGAGAAGAAGAUCGAGCAGUACUGUCGGGAGCAGGGUCUGACCGUCAGCCAGCUGAGUUCGGGCCGAGCGGCGGCUGGUCAGGGCGCGGGUACCGGAGCCGCCGGUCAGGAUGGGGACUACCAGGAGUACCAGGAGGCAGGCGCGGAUCGCGGGAGCGGCAGCGGUCGUGGCGGGAAUGCCAUACCGGGCUCUGGAUCGCGAUCCAAUGCUUACCCACCGGCGAAUAACUACCGCAACGAUCAUGAUGAUCGUGAUUACUAUGCCGCUUCCUCGGGCUCUUCCUAUGCCCGCGGCGGUCGAGGUGGUGGCUACGAGGAUUACCCGCCGCCGCUGCCGCCACAAAUGGCUUACGGCGAGCGGGAAAGGGAACGGGAUCGCGAGCGCGAGAAGGAGAAGGACUACGACCGCCAUCGCAGCAAGCACAAGAAGAAGCACAAGCACAAAAAGAGUUCGCGCAGCCGCAGCAGAAGCCCCAGCCGGAGUCACCAUCGUUCCGAGCGGCACGAACGUAAACGCGACGGCGGCUACGAGCGAAGUGGCAAGAGCCGGCACAACGAGCACUACGAGGAGCGGGAGCGACGUCACCGGUGAAGACCGAUCCAACACACUCACCCACACCACCCACCAAAAGCAAACCACUUCUGCUACUUUGCCUGUUCUGCUACUAACACAAUUUGUUUUCACCAUAGCACUACCACUU